AUGGAGCUGGUUGUGCGAUGGAUGGGCCAUGAGGAGACAGACCAUGAGGAGACAGACCAGGAGGAGACAGACCAGGAGGAGACAGACCAGGAGGAGACAGACCAUGAGGAGACAGACCAGGAGGAGACAGACCAUGAGGAGACAGACCAUGAGGAGACAGACCAGGAGGAGACAGACCAGGAGGAGACAGACCAUGAGGAGACAGACCAGGAGGAGACAGACCAGGAGGAGACAGACCAGGAGGAGACAGACCAGGAGGAGACAGACCAUGAGGAGACAGACCAUGAGGAGACAGACCAGGAGGAGACAGACCAGGAGGAGACAGACCAGGAGGAGACAGACCAGGAGCCUCCUCUCUGA